GGCCCUCCCCUCAGCGCCGCCCCUCAGCGCCGCCUGUCGCUGCCCGGCGCCGUCGCAGGCCGCGGCAAUGGCGGCCCCCACAGCCCACGCGUGAGCCCUUCCGCCGACCGCCGUGCCAGGAGAGCUGCUUGUCACCGUGGGCCGAAGCUGCGGAGAGCCCAGAUUCAGUGGCAGCAGCUGUGUCGCCAGAAGCUCUGCCCAUCCUUGAGAAGCACGGGGCAACAGCAAGACCACGGGCAGCGGGAGGAAAAAUGCCAGCUUCUUUAAGAAAUCUGCAGGAAAUGGCUGUUUUUAUGGGAGUGUUCGGCACUGGGGGAUGUAUAGUUAUGUACACUCUUAUGCAAAAAAGUUUUGCCAGGACCCAGUAUUAUCAGCAGGCUUUGGAGCAACUGAACAACCACCCUGCUGCCCUGGAAGCCCUGGGUGCCCCCCCGCUUAAAGUUCAUAACAUCCAACUGAUGGAUGGGAGUAAUCGCGUGGACAGGGAAAGAGCACAGAUAAAGUUACCGGUAUCUGGAACAAAAUCAGCAGGGUACCUCUACAUUAAUUCAGAAAUGGACCAUUCCUGUCACUGCUGGUCCCUCCAGGAUGUCACCUUGAAGCUGCGGGAUGGUCAGAAUAUUCCAGUUUACCACUCCCCUGUGGAAAGCAUCAGCAUGCAAGAAAGCUAAAAAUCAAAGGCAACUGCUUCUCCACCUCCCACUGAACCGAAGAAGCCAUUAAUUGAUUGCAUCACGCUGUGUAUGUGGAGGUACACUGUUGUCACAAACAGACAAUUUCACUUAAGUGAGUGCGCUAAAGACAGUUUUCUCUCUAACAUUGACCUCAUCAUUGCCAUAAUUGUCAUUUCUUUGGUUUGUUGGUUUAUUUCUGUGUACAGAAGAAGCCUAAAAUAAAGAUUUUGCGACAAGA